AACAAGUAUUUGUGUACGCCACAGCGUGGGUUCGUCCUUGCUUUGAAGGUUAAAAGUGAUGUUUACAGGUGAGACGCAGACUACAAAUCCCAGACAACACAAAGCGCCAUUGCCUGUGUUGAGGCAAGAGGAGACUCCUUUCAGUUACAUUCUUCUUCACUCAGUCUUCUGUUAGGGCGAUAUCAACUACGUUUCUGACAACCGUCGUUAGAGUUUUUGUUUGCUAGCUUUUCAUAUUGAUAUUUGUGUUUUCUUUUUUAACACGGCUCUCGUAGGGAGUUAGAAACUACUCGCGCCGCGGUAAACUCAUCCUCAGCUGCUCCGUCAGGCACAGCUUGUUAGCUAGUUUACAUUAGCCAGCAGCUACCAGUAGAUUUACGGCUUAUAUCCGUGGCUGCCCUGCCAGGUAGAUCAGCUAAAGCUGGAGCCGCUGGUCGGCCACAAUGGUCUGGUCAGUUCAGCAAUUUCAGAGUAUUAACAUUUGUAAAUAAUUCGUGUGAUUUGGGAACAAAACAACGCAACCUUUGUCUGACUGUGCGCAGCCUGGCUGGUUUGGCCUGUUUCAUUGUCUCCGAACAUCGAAAACAGACAAGUUGUUUUCCCACUGACAGGAGGUUGUUUGGCUAGUUGGGCUAACUCAGCCGUGUUCGUGUAAACAAAGCCGUCAGCUGUCGUCGCCAGAUUAUCUUGAAAGCUAUAUAGUACAAUAUGGCGCAACACGACCACUCUCAUGUAGCCAGUUCACAGAAAGCACUCAUGUUGGAGAUGAAGAGUCUUCAGGAGGAGCCUGUCGAGGGAUUCAAAAUAACACUGGUGGACGAGGCUGAUCUAUACAACUGGGAAGUGGCCAUUUUCGGUCCGCCAAAUACUCACUAUGAAGGGGGGUAUUUUAAGGCUCGGAUCAAGUUCCCUAUAGAUUACCCAUACUCCCCACCUGCCUUCCGGUUCCUCACCAAGAUGUGGCACCCCAACAUCUACGAGAACGGAGACGUGUGUAUUUCUAUAUUGCACCCUCCAGUGGACGACCCGCAGAGUGGAGAGCUGCCUUCAGAGAGAUGGAAUCCCACCCAGAACGUCCGGACCAUUUUGUUGAGUGUGAUCUCACUGCUGAAUGAACCCAACACCUUCUCUCCUGCCAACGUGGACGCCUCCGUCAUGUACCGCAAGUGGAGGGACAGCAAGGGCAAGGACCGCGAAUAUGUCGAGAUCAUCAGGAAACAGGUAGUGGCCACCAAGGCGGAAGCUGAGCGCGACGGCGUGAAGGUGCCCACCACACUGGCCGAGUACUGCGUCCGCACACGCGCCCCGGCCCCCGACGAAGGCUCCGACCUCUUCUAUGACUAUUACUAUGACGACGACGACGUGGAGGGCGAGGACGGCGACUGCUGCUACGAUGAGGACGACUCGGGCACGGAGGAGUCGUGACAUGCUUUUCCUGACAGCAUCCCUCAACCUAGCUGACAUACUUCUUGGUCUAUAGCCAUGAAAGAUUUGAAGCUUCCCUCUUCUAAACCAAUGAAAAGAGCUGUUUUUUCCUGAGCCUCUGAGUUCUUUUCGGAGUCGAUGCACCGUUGCGGAAGGGUCAGACCUGGUAAAAUAUUUGCACCAGCACAAAAGUCACCAGUUUCUUCAGUCUUGCAGACAUGAUCAUUUCCAUUAUCACCUCAAACCUUACAUUGAGAACUUAAUCCUGUUGAGUCGUCCAGUCCCCUGUACAGUAUCUAAUAUUGUGGGGUUAAUACCACUUUUAACAAUAGCAACAUUUGCACUGGUGCAAACACUUCUAAACUUUGCUCAGCCUCUCUCUUGCAUAUCUUUAUUUCCCUAAUUGUAACUGGGUGUUGCUCACCAGUAGUUGGUCUCGCUGACUGACAGAAGAUUGAGGACUUCAAGCAGCCUGUUUGUGCCGAACAAUCUCCUGCAAAUCCAUCGAAUCAGACAUUUACAAGUUUCACGGUCUCGCUUCGGUAUGACGGGAUGUCACGGGACGAUGUUUUCAAAGUUCUUGUGCAUGCCAGAACAUCAUCGGAAGCUUCCUGUCCCUUUUUACCGACGGACUGUUCACCAACAUCAAUGAUCCGUUUUCAGCUCGGUGAGAAGACAGACUUGUGUUGAACCCAGAGAACUUUGUAUCUGGAGGACCGGCUGCCAAGCUGAGUCAAAUCCUCGUGGACAUUUUUGGUAACAUGAACUUGCUGUGUUUCUUCUGGUUACUGUUGGAUGUGUUUCUCUGUCAUUUUGAGUGUGGGGGGUUGUGUUAUUUGAAGUAGCUCAGAUUUAAGAGUCGUGUAGGGACGUUUUUCGGGGGUUGGGGGAGGGCUGAACUAAUUACUGAUCAGAAUUGUAUUUCUCCUCAGGUUUGCUUGCUAAGAGGCCUGACGGAGCCAAAGACGUACAGCAGUGUAAAAGAAAGCCCAAAACAUUUUCUGACCGUUUGUUGUAUCCUUGUCUUUGUUUGCUCUCUGGCAGGCUUUGUUAUUUUAGUCUUUCUUUGGUUAGACAUUACGCCUGCAGUCUUUUUGCUUGAGAAUGAUUUAUGUGAUGAGAUUAUUAGGUUUGAUUAGCAACAAAAAAAAAAAAAAGCUUCUGUAGGAAAAGUGUCUGUCAAAAGGUGUUGUUGCAGUAUCAGUCGGGAGUCUCAAAGUGUUUCAGCCCUGGAAGUGAAAGAGAACAAGGCCGCCGUGUUUUCAUUUCUAUCCUUUGUGUCAGCAGAGAGUGGUUUUGCUAUGAUUUUUAGAGUGCAUGGGUCUCCUCUGUGUGUAUUUCUGCAUCAGCAAUAUUGAUUGUUUAAUUUACUCAAAUUAGGACUUCAUACUGAAUUUCUCAGGAUAAUGAAUUACAUAUGACAAAACAGUUAAGACAAGCAACUCUUUUCCUCUCGCAGGUGGUCUACAGAGUUGGUUUACAGCUUCAGCAGGAACCAUAACUGAUAUGCACAUGUAGCUGUAUGGAUGAUCACCGUAUUGUUUUAUUCACCUGUGUUUAUUUUUUAUUUUCGGCUAUUUAAAACUGAAAAAUAAAGAUUUAUUGGAAAAGAA